AAGCGAGCAGCAUGUGCUCGCUGGGGCCAGUGGGGUGGCUGUGCUGGGCACCCAGCUCUGGUGCUGAGCUCGGUUCUGCUUUGGUUCCUGUUGCUGUUUUUCCUUCUCUGUCAACCAGAGCAGGUCUUCUGGCCUUGAGUGGCGCUAACAGGUGAAGCCAAAAACCUUCCCACUUACCCGGGGCCAAACAAGAUGCGAGACUGUUACUGCACUGUGAACCUGGACCAAGAGGAGGUUUUCAGGACCAAAAUCGUGGAGAAAUCGCUCUGCCCCUUCUAUGGAGAAGACUUCUACUGCGAGAUCCCGAGGAGCUUCCGCCACCUGUCCUUCUACGUUUUCGACAGAGACGUGUUCCGGAGGGACUCCAUCAUAGGAAAGGUGGCCAUUCGGAAGGAGGACCUGCCGAAGUACCACAACAGGGACACCUGGUUCCAGCUGCAGCACGUGGACGCGGACUCCGAGGUGCAGGGCAAGGUCCACCUGGAGCUGAGGCUGAGUGAGGUCAUCACUGACUCAGGCAUCGUCUGCCACAAGCUGGCCACGCGGAUCCUUGAGUGCCAGGGCCUCCCCAUCGUGAACGGGCAGUGUGACCCCUACGCCACGGUGACACUGGCAGGACCGUACAGGUCGGAAGCAAAGAAGACAAAAGUGAAAAAGAAGACCAACAACCCCCAGUUCGACGAAGUGUUUUACUUUGAGGUGACCCGACCCUGCAGCUACAGCCGCAAGUCCCACUUCGACUUCGAGGAGGAGGACGUGGACAAGCUUGAGAUCCGGGUGGACCUCUGGAACGCCAGCAACUUGAAGUUCGGGGACGAGUUUCUGGGAGAGCUGCGGAUCCCACUCAAAGUGCUGCGGCAGUGUAGCCCCUACGAGGCCUGGUACUUCCUUCAGCCCCGAGACAAUGGCAGUAAGAGCCUGAAGCCGGGGGACCUGGGGUCUCUGCGGCUGAACGUGGUCUACACAGAAGACCAUGUCUUCUCCUCCGACUACUACGGCCCGCUGCGGGACCUGCUGUUGAGGUCUGCGGACGUGGAGCCCGUCUCGGCGUCUGCAGCCCACAUCCUGGGCGAGGUGUGCAGGGAGAAGCAGGAGGCGGCAGUCCCGCUGGUGCGGCUCCUCCUGCACUAUGGCCGGGUGGUGCCUUUCAUCUGCGCUAUCGCCAGCGCCGAGGUCCGGCGGACCCAGGACCCCAACACCAUUUUCCGAGGAAACUCACUGACAUCCAAGUGCAUCGACGAGACGAUGAAGCUGGCAGGGAUGCAGUACCUGCAUGACACCCUUAAGCCCACCAUUGAGGAGAUUUGUCAGAGUCACAAGUCCUGUGAGAUUGACCCCGUGCGGCUGAAGGAACAUGAAAGCCUGGAGAGCAACAUGGAGAACCUGCGGCAGUAUGUUGACCGCAUCUUCAACGUCAUUACCAAGUCGGGGGUGAGCUGCCCCACUGUCAUGUGUGACAUUUUCUUCUCCCUGCGAGAGGCAGCCGCCAAGCGCUUCCAAGACGACCUGGACGUGAGGUACACGGCCGUCAGCAGCUUCAUCUUCCUGAGAUUCUUCGCUCCAGCCAUCCUGUCCCCCAACCUCUUCCAGCUCACGCCCCACCACACGGACCCGCAGACGUCCAGGACGCUGACUCUCGUCUCGAAGACCAUCCAGACCCUCGGCAGCCUGUCCAAGUCCAAGUCUGCCAGUUUUAAGGAAUCCUACAUGGCUGCAUUUUAUGAAUUCUUCAAUGAGCAGAAAUACGCUGACGCAGUGAAAAACUUCUUAGAUUUGAUCUCAUCCUCUGGGAGAAGAGACCCCAAGAGUGUGCAGCAACCCAUCCUGCUUAAGGAAGGGUUCAUGAUUAAGAGGGCACAGGGCCGAAAACGCUUUGGGAUGAAGAAUUUUAAGAAAAGAUGGUUCCGCUUGACAAACCAUGAAUUUACCUACCAGAAAAACAAAGGAGACCCGCCCCUCUGCAGCAUCCCCAUCGAGAACAUCCUGGCAGUGGAGACGCUGGAGGAGGAGUCCUUCAAGAUGAAGAACAUGUUCCAGGUCAUCCAGCCUGAGCGGGCAUUGUACAUCCAGGCCAACAACUGCGUGGAGGCCAAGGCCUGGAUUGACAUCCUCACCAAAGUGAGCCAGUGCAACCAGAAGCGGCUCACAGUCUACCACCCGUCCGCCUACCUCAACGGCCACUGGCUAUGCUGCAGGGCCUCCUCGGACACAGCCACCGGCUGCACCCCCUGCACCGGCGGCCUCCCAGCCAACAUCCAGCUGGACAUCGACGGGGACCGGGAGACGGAGCGCAUCUCCUCCCUCUUCAGCUUGUACAUGAGCAGACUGGAGAAGAUGCAAGAGGCCUGUGGGAGCAGGUCCGUGUACGACGGGCCGGAGCAGGAGGAGUACUCCACGUUCAUCAUUGACGACCCCCAGGAGACCUACAAGACCCUGAGGCAGGUCAUCGCUGGGGUCGGGGCCUUGGAGCAGGAGCACGCGCAGUACAAACGGGACAAGUUCAAGAAAACCAAGUAUGGGAGCCAGGAGCACCCCAUUGGAGACAAGACUCCCCUGCUCCACGCGUGCGCACACCGUGACCUGACCCGCCUUCACCCUCUCCUCCCCGCUUCCCCGCAGGGAGCACCCCAUUGGAGACAAGAGCUUCCAGAGCUACAUCAGGCAGCAAUCUGAGAUCCCCACCCAUACCAUGUGAAGCCUCCAGGACGCCCGGCCCAGGACGCCCCUGAGCCGCACCAGGGAGGCCCAUGCUUGGGAAGGAGGAGGGAGAAUCGCCCCGGGAGUGGCGGGAGCCGGUGAGGGGUCCGCACUCCAGCCGCUCACAAGACGGCAGGCGUUGAGCUCGUGAAUUUCCAGGACUCCUGGGCGGCUGCCGGAGUAGCUGUGCACCUGAUUCCACCCAGGCAGGGGACCCGAGCUGGCCUCUCUGGAACAGGUGCUGGGGACUGCACGUCCUCUGCAGAGCAUGUGUUCCUGCGUCCUGUGCACUCUCGCCCCUGCUGGUCUCUGGGGGGCCGCACUCUCUAGCGCUCGGCCUCGACUCAGCUGGACACUGUUAGCAUCACUCUUGUCCUAUGAGCCUCCUGCCCCAGCAGCCACAGGAGCCGGUGACGGGCUGAGCUGGGUGUCCACCCAGCCCCCACACCAAGCAGACUGGUGUUGUUUGCUGCCAGUGGGGCUGAAAGUAGAACCCACGUUCGCUGCCCCAGUGGACGUCUGGGGAGACUGUACACAUAGAAUGCACAUUAUUUUCAAGCUGGUUUUCUUAACGUUCUUAAAGGACUUUUUAAUUAGCUCCUUGACAUCAAGUAACUCAGAGCAUCCAAACCUGCUCCUUUCAGGGGGUUGGGAUACCCCCAGAGGACGAAGAAGGGAACAGAGGUGUCUCACGGCAGCCAAACAAAGGUCCUCAGAGAAAACAGAGGGAGGGGUGGAGCCCUGGGCCCGUGGGGUGCAGACACCUGAGCCGGGAGCACGUCUCUCUGAAGCCCUGAAGGCUGCGAGCACUGCUUUGCACUGGAGUCGGGGUCCUGCCUCGGGAUGCAGCCAUCAGCCCCCAGCUGUUGCUGACUUCCCCCCAGCGGCCCUCACGGCUUUUGGCGAGCCCUGUUCAGACAUGGAGGACCAGGGGCCUGUGCCCUCUGUCUGCCUUUUGCAGGUACUGUGUUCAGACUCACAGUGGCGUUACCUGUUCUCACAAAAAUGGUGGAAAAUGUUGCAAAAAAGAAACUUGGGACACAUAGCUAUUAGGCUGCACAAAACUGCAAUUUUUAACAUGGAUUUAUAACUUAAUGUUUCUGUUUAUAAGAUACUAAUGAUUUGCAAUGUAUUUUACUGGUCAAUUAAAAUAGACGUUUUAUUCUUUCUGA